CCUGGUAAGUAAUAAUAUAAAGGAUUAAGUCAGGCAAUUGCAAGAACAAGAAGAAGCAAAAAACACAAGUACUUGUGAUCGAUGAGUAUCGUGUGGAAUAUGUGGAUGCAAAGGUUCUUCAACACUAAUCCAGCUACUGCUUGGAGAAGUGCAAUUGUUAUUCAAAAGAGAUAUGUACAAGCAGUUUCAAAGGGAGAGAAUAAUAAGUUUUCUCAGACCUCAGACACCAAGGAAAAUCUGAAAUUGGAAGAUGCUAUUCCAGUGGUGAAAACUCCCAGUAGUUCCACCAAAGGAGAAACUCAAAAGUUUUCUACUGAAUUUAAAUCGGGUCCUACAGCACAUGCUAGUAAAGGAAAGCCUCCCCAACACGAUGGGGAAAAAGGAAAGUGAGGAGAGCAUGGCAGAACCUGGUGAAAUAAUAGAGGAUCUGGUCCCAUCAUUAUAAGAGUACAGUGAUCAGAUGUAUUUCAAUGUAUUUAUAAAUAAGAAAGUGUUUGGUUCUCAGUCAAAGAACCUGGUGAUAUAAUAGAGGAUCUGGUCCCAUAAUCAUAAGAGAUGCAUCUAAAUGUGUUUGUAGCUUUUAGAAGUUCUAGUUAUUCUGGACUGAUAUAAAGUUCUUAAAAAUAAAAUGUCGUAUAUAAUUUGUGUC